UUCUUAUCUAUUUUUAAAUUUUAUAAUUUAGUUUAUGUAAAUUGUAAUUUAUUAUGUUUGACUCAUACAUUUAUUAACUGGAUGAGGAAAUUAUUAAACGAUAUUAUGUUCCGUGUUGCAUAAUUUUCCUAUAAACAUAUUUAAAUCGCACAUAGUGAGAUUUUUAUAUCAGUAGCAGUUUAAGAUAGAUACUGCGAAAUGCGAAUUUAUAUUAGUAAGUCAGAAAUUUAAACAAAACAUUCCACUAUAAUAUUAUAAUUAGCUAUCAUACAGAUCGUUCUUGUAUUUUAAUUUCUAAGUUCGGUGAAAGAGUUAGCUAAUAUUAUUUAAGUACUGGUCAUUUUGGAACUAUUAUUUUAUUUUGUUAACUGAAUACAAACUAUUAAUACGAUAAUGGCUGACGAACCAAAACCUGUGAAUGAAGAAGACUUGAAGCAGCUCAAAGAAAGAAUGAAACUCAUAGCUGAUGCUGACCCUACACAAUACCAUAAUGAUUUCUCUCUGAAGCGAUACUUAAGGGCUUUUAAAACUGUGGAUGAUUCCUUUCAGGCUAUUUUGAAAACAAAUAAGUGGAGAUCAGAUUAUGGUGUUGAUAAACUUCAUGAAAAAUCUGAACUUAUUGAAAAAUAUAAAGCGAAAGCAAGAGUGUUGAGACACAGAGACAUGAUUGGGCGGCCAAUAAUUUACAUUCCAGCUCGGAAUCAUAGUUCCAGUGAUAGAGAUAUAGAUGAGCUGACUCAAUUCAUUGUAUACUGCCUGGAAGAUGCAAGUAAGAGGUGCUUUGAAGAAGUUGUAGACAACUUGUGUAUUGUGUUUGACUUGGAAAAUUUCACUUUGUCAUGCAUGGACUAUCAAGUGCUCAAGAAUCUUAUCUGGUUGCUGAGCAGGCACUAUCCAGAGAGACUGGGAAUAUGUCUUGUGAUCAAUGCUCCCUAUUUUUUUUCUGGAUGCUGGGCAGUUAUAAAAGGAUGGCUUGAUGAACACACAGCAAAGAAAGUGACGUUUGUGAACUCUGAAAUGGAUUUAUGUCAAUAUCUGAUACCAGAUAUCUUGCCAACUGAUAUGUAAAUAGAUUCGAUACAUGUAAAUACGAACAUGAGGGUACUUUUAGAUAACUGACACUAAACUAAUCUAAGAAUUUAGCGAAUUUUAAACUUAGCUAGUCAUUUAUAAGAGUACUUCCUAAUGCCUCUAAGGUCGCACCUAAUACACUAAGUCAUACAGAAACACCUACUUUAGUAAAUAAGAAACUGUCAGCUUAAAGCAACUCCUCUUCAAUUAUAAGUUAUCAAUGACUGUUUCCUUGAUUGAAUGUAGUCUUCAACUUUCUGAAGACGUCACACACGGUUUUUACUUUAUAAUACAACAGCGAGAAUACGAAAACUUCUUUAGCAUCGUUGUGAUUUGAAAGUGGAUGAAACGAAAAAGCGCGACAGUAAAAAGAGACAGAUACAUAAAUUUAUAAGAUUGAACGUGGGAGAAAAUGAGAUAGGCAGCAUUAUAGUGUUUUAGUACCAGGCGAUCAUAAUUGUCUUAUGUAUGACGCGAAGGUAUACCCUUAAUAUAUUCUGACGUCAUACGCACAACGUAUUACUACAAAGACACCAGUAGAACAUAAAUAUGGUAGUGGUGAUAGUAACGUGUCAUAGCGGUUGAAAUUAUGUGUCAUCCUAACAACAUGUACCAGGACUUCAAAUGCAGUUUAGAGGUGCAGGUUUUACUUCUGACAUAUGUACUUUGUACUCACGCAGUUUUUUUUCCAGUGUGUCUGUUUCAGAUGUAAAUAAUCGUUAGUUCUCAUCGAAGUGGAUGGUUUUUUCGUGAACAGCUUGAAUGAAGAAACGUUUUUAUUUCAGUUGAAACAAAUUCUCCCGCGCCGGGGAGAAUAAAUAUUAUUUUAGAAAUAUGUCCGUUUCAAAUUAUUGGAGGCGAAAUUGUGCGAUUAGAUUCGACCUAGCGAGCCUUAACGUAGAUUAUUUUUGAGUUUCCUAUUGUUUAAUUGACCACAUCUUUGUCUAAGAAGGCCGUCUUUUUAUAAAGUAAAAUUAGCUUACUUUCCCCAACUCACAACGUAUACGAGGCAAUUCUUUGAAUUGUUUCAUUUAAUAAUUGAGAAGUAUAGGAGUCUACUAGAUUAUGAGAUGGAUGUAAAUCAUCCAUACAAAAUAUCAUGUAUACAAAAUAGACAAUCCCUUAUAUGUAAUGUAUACAUAAGUAAUUUUCGUUAGAAAUCGCUAGCUGCAAAUUCUUUAAUACUACUAUUAGUUUGAACGUUAAAACUGACUAGUUGGAUUAUUGUUUUGGUAAAAUAUGUGACUAUUUUACACCUAAGGUGAAGUUUACGCGACCAAUAGCUAAGGGGCCGUUCAUAAAAUACGUUCGUAUACAGGGGGGGUGGUCUGUCUGAGUGUGACUAGGGAGGAGGGGGGGUAUAAUAUUUCUAUUAAUUUUAAAGCAAGCUCUGUGGCGCGACUCUAGCGGCGUUGUGAUCCGUCACAACUGGUUUCUUUGUGAUUUCUUCUUGCUUUCGAUUCAGUAACAAAUGAAAAUACUGUUUCUCAUGUAUUUAUUAUUAUUUUAUUCCUUCAUUCGCCAUUUAGCAGUGAACUAAUACAGACGCUUUUUUCAUCUUCUCUAUUUACUCUUACUGUACUCUUCAGUUAAUUACUUUAUAUUCUUUAUUGCCGAAAUAUUUUUAGUUUUAUAUAUUUAUUAUAGAAUUUAUCAUACUCAGCAGGGGGGGGGGGGGUCUUAGUUUUUGUGACGAAAUAUUUCUAGGGGGGGUCACAGAAAGUGGCACAGCGUGACAAUAGGAGGGGUCAAAAAAAGCUGAUUUUAGUGUGACGUAUUUUAUGAACGGCCCCUAAGCACUUCUUGACAAACAUGCAAAGUUAUUUUGUCUAUAAUUAACUGGUGUUGCGCAUUCUAAUAUCAUGCUAGAGUAAUAUUGAAAAACAGUGCUUCUAACUCCUAUUUUUCUGUCUAGUCGUAUGUGCGGACAUAGUUUUAUGUAUCUACUGUGCUUUAAUUUGCUUACCAAAAAUAAUUUACUGAAUAUAAUAUACUAAGUUCUAAUACUACGUAUCUAAUAAGAAUUAUGUGCCAUAACAAUUUGUUAUGUUUUAAAGUGAUAAUUCUCACUUCUGGGAUUAAUCACACAAAUAAAAUUUGAAAAUGUUUUCAAAGUUGAGGAACGAUGCGGUACUCGAACCUGUGACCUCUCGCGUUCCGUGCGAGCGCUCUUCCAACUGGUCCAACCGUUCGAGUGACGUAUCGUUAAGCUAUUAACUAAUAGCUAUGUAAAUGAAUAUCGUUUGUUGCAUACAUCUGUUGAAUAAUAUAAGUGUCAUAGUUUUCAAAUUGUUUACUUAGAUUUGUAAAUUACAUUCCACUUAAAAACCAGAGAUAAAACUAAGAAUAGCCUUAUCAAACUCAAAUAGGAAAUAUUUAGCGUUAUCUGUGCAAGCAUUUUAUGCGGAUAUCGAUUGUACUUUGUAAAUAUUAUCAUUAUUAAUACUAUAAUAUAAUAAUAUUAUUAUGUUGGUGUCCCUAUAUUUCUGACUAGUCUACAUCCCUUGAAGAUGUCUCGUGUGUGAGGUGAAACACGUUCGAAUUGUAAUCAAUGCUUUUCCUAUUGAUUGUGAAGAGAUAUCUCACCCAGAAAACGUGUGUAUACUAAGUAUCUGAGUUCCAGCCAGCUCGUAACCCUGCUGAUUGUGUAGUUUACAAUUGUUUAGCAAACAAAAUCCAAUUAAGCCCCAUAUCGACGUAUCGGUAAAUAAAAUUAUAUGUGAGAUUGGAUUUGGUAUAUGCAAUAAAGUGUAAGUUUAGUGAUACAUUGAUAUAUAUAUACAUUUCUAUCAAGAAACAUAAUAUUAAUUACUUAGUAGGUAAUAAUAUACGAAGAAACACAAGGAACGAAACCAAAAACUUCAGUCAUUGAGAGGUGGCUCUUAUAAGGUGUCAACUGUAAAGCCAAAUUAUAACAUUAAAUGUUUUAAUAGGUGCACACCUCCAUCCUGUCAUAUUUCAUUGUAAAGUUUAAUAUUUAAAAGCGUAAAUAAUUUUAUAACAUAAGUAUAUUUAUACUAUAUAACCUAAUAAAAAUUAUAAAUAUUA